AUGCCCUGUUCUACCUGGUUCGCCGUUCUGUCCUCCCUAAGUUUCUUCCUGCAAGUUGCAACGUGCAAACCACUGGCCGGUUGGAACCUGUCCACAGAGGGAGAGGGGUCGCAGAAUUCCCACCGUGAAGGCGUCCUGGAUGAGGACGUGGGAUUCGACUUCAACGCCUUUCUGCAGAGCGUGAAGGACGAGCUCUUGCGGACCCUGAACCUGUCGGACAUCCCAACGCAGGAGCCGCUCAAAGUGGAGCCACCGCAGUUUAUGAUCGACCUGUACAACAGGUUUGCCACCGACCGGUCAGCCAUGCCCUCCUCCAACAUCGUCAGAAGCUUCAGGGACGAAGGUACCACAUCCACUCUCCCGGCUGGAGAGAGUGAGGUGAGAAGGCACGUCUUGGUGUUUAACAUCUCCAUCCCGCGGCAUGAGGAGGUCACCAUGGCCGAGUUGAGGCUCCACACCUUUGUGGAGAGAGACCGGAGGCAGUACGGGGGGGAGGACAGGACGGUGACGGUCUACGAAGUGUUGCCGCAAACCCAGGACUCUCCCCCACCCUCUCUGCUUCUCACCAAGCGGCUGGGGGCCAAAGACAGCGGCUGCGAGACCUUCGAGGUGACCGGUGCGGUCAAGCGCUGGAUCCGCUCAGGGGUCCCCAGCCACCGGCUGGAAGUUCAGAUCGGCGGCGGCGGUGCUGGGCAAGGAGAGAGGCCGGAGGCGGUGGGUACUCAGAGCCCUAGCAGUGCCAGCAGCCCCGGGGAUACGCCGCUGCUGGUGGUAUUCUCGGAUGACCGGAGCCACGGCCGGAGGGAAGCAGGAGAUGAGCUGAAGGAGCUGAUUGAGAAGGAGAGGGAAGCGCUGGCGGUGGGUUCGGGCUCUGGAGACCAAACGGGGGAUUUGCUCCGAGCCCAGGCCGCCUUCCCUUCGGACACAUCAUCCCGCACCCGCAGGAACGCGAAAGCGGAUUACUGCAAGCGUUCCCCGUUGCAUGUGGACUUCAGUGAAAUUGGAUGGGACUCUUGGAUCAUUGCACCUAAAAGCUAUGAAGCGUAUGAAUGUCGAGGGUUCUGCCAUUUCCCGCUAACCGACCAUGUCACCCCCACCAAACAUGCCAUCAUCCAGACCCUGGUCAACCGCUCCAACCCCAAGAAAGCGGUCCGGGCUUGCUGCGUGCCUACUAAACUAGACCCCAUCUCGGUUCUGUAUAAGGAUGACGCUGGGGUGAUCACUUAUAAAUACAAAUAUGAGGGAAUGGUUGUAGCUGAGUGUGGCUGCAGAUAG